AUGCUUACCUAUUAUCUUGAAAUCAAUCUGAAGAUAAAUAAAAAUCCAGACCAAAUGAACGUUCUGACGAAACGCUUUAGAGCAAUGAAUGUGAAAGGACGUGCUAUGGAAUUAUCCGACUUGUCUGUCUUCCAUAACAGGAUACUCACUCCUGACGAUAGGACCGGAUUGAUUAGCGAAAUCAAGGACGAUAAGAUUAUUCCUUGGGUAUUUCUCAACUCUCGACCUGGAAACACGACUGACCCUUUCAAAUGUGAGUGGAUGACCAUUAAGGACGAUCUGCUCUACGUUGGAAGCCACGGUGUGGAGUACAAAGGCAAGGUUACGCAUAAAAAUAACAUAUGGAUCAAAACAGUUACACCAAAAGGGGAGAGGUACGAAUCUUUUAAUAAUUCACCGGAUCUCGAGCAAUUCGAAUUUAUAACAAUUGGACGGCUGUUCCCUAAACGAGGAUAUUCUGCUUUCGAUUUCAUUCCUGGCACCGAUGACGAACUUAUUGUCGCCUUGAAAUCGAAGGAAGUAGCAGGAAAAAAGACUGCCUCAUUCAUCACCGUAUUUAAUAUUAAUGGUCAGGUCAUCCUCAAAGACAAGAAACUCUCCGGUAAUUAUAAAUUUGAGGGACUGUACUUCAUUUGA